UCGUCGGCAAUGGCGCAGUCGUCGGCGGCGGCGAGGAAGCCCUCGGCGGCGCCCACCGUUGUCCUCACACUGGUCCUAGCCCUCGCCUCCGCGGGCCUCCUCUUCCUCCUAGUCCGCCUUUCCCCCUCGUCGCCAUCCGCGCACCCGCACCCCCACCGCCGGCUCCGCCUCCGUGGCGCCCGCCUCGGGCACGGCGGGGGCGCCGCCCCGCACCAGAUCCCGUUCGACCCCGUCGUCGCGGACCUCGAGCGCCGCCUCGAUGACCGCGAGUGGGAGCGCCUGGCGGCCGCGGGGCUGCACGCGCCGGGCAUGGAGGCCGCCCCCGUCCCGGAGGACGUCGCGGACUACGAGGACGAGUACAUCAAUGACGCCGCGCGGUUCAACAUGACGCUGCGCGUCGCGGCUCUCUUCCCCAAGAUCGACGUGGACCCCGCCGACGGCGCCGUUACGGGCGCCGAGCUGGCCGCGUGGAACCUCGCGUCCGCGCGGCGGGAGGUGAUGCACCGCACCGCCCGGGAGCUUGACCUGCACGACCGCGACCACGACGGCCGCGUUGCCUUCUCCGAGUACGAGAGGCCCAGCUGGGCCUGGCGGUUCGACGAUAAUAACUCAACCAAUGAUGGUAUGGGAUGGUGGAAGGAGGGGCACUUCAAUGCUGCAGAUGUGGAUGGUGACGGCUUUCUAAAUCUGACAGAGUUUAACGACUUCUUACAUCCAGCUGAUACUACCAGCCCAAAGCUAUUACAUUGGUUAUGCAAAGAAGAAGUCAGGGAAAGAGACAAAGACAAUGACGGGAAGCUUGAUUUCCAAGAGUUCUAUAAUGGAUUGUUUUACUCAAUUCGUCAUUAUGAUGAUGAAACUUCAACAGACGACUCCAAUGGCUCUGAUGCACCUGCUAAAAAAUCAUUUUCACAGCUUGAUCUGGAUAAUGAUGGGCUUUUGUCAGCUGAUGAGCUAAAACCUAUAAUCGGAAAGCUCCAUCCAGCAGAAAAUUUCUAUGCCAAGCAACAAGCUGACUAUGUAAUAUCACAGGCUGACACAAACAAAGAUGGACAACUGAGCUUGAAUGAGAUGAUUGAGAACCCUUACGUCUUUUACAGUGCUUUAUUCACGGAAGAUGAUUAUGGGUCUCAUGACGAGCUCCGGUAGUUACUUCAAGCAGUAGGUAGCAUUGAGGAGCCACCACCUUCGGAACUUUUGGUUAGGCAUUGUCGCGAAUGUAUAUCUUCCAAGAACUGUCGGCCCCUUGUACUGCCUUGCCAAGCAUGUUCCAAGGUGAUUCCCAUGUAUAACACAAGCGUGCCUUUUCAUUCACCUGUUUUAGCAGCAGGGCUUUUGUACCAUUAAGAGUUAUUGGAUUGAUUUUUGUCAUGUGCACGGCGAGGUAGCAUUUGUUCUUUCAUUUUUGUGGGGGUGCAAAAUUAGUUUGGUCUUAGAGGAUCACACACUUGUAAACUAUGAAGAGCAGGAAAGUGCAGCUUGUAUGUAUUGACAUUCCUGAACCCUUUCUGUAAAGUUUGUGCAGUUCCAUAAUAUGAAAGUGAUUCUUCUCUC